CGGAGGGGUGGUUGGUUGUGCGCAGAUGUGGGCUACGGCCGGGUCCCCGGGCUUGUGCAACUGGUGUGCAUGGCGGGACGUGCGUGCACCGCAAGACGGGCUGAAGACAAAGCGGCUGCGCUCGUUGGGAAACAAUGCAGUAGCGCGGAACCCUUGACGUUGGGAGUCGGGCCUCUGGUUUCUGCCGCCGCCGCCCUGAAGCUCUAAUAAAAGUAAUAAAUAAGGAAGCACGACUACAAUCGAUUUUGCCCGAUUAUGCUUGCUUUCUUUUCCGAAAAGAAGGAGCAUCGCGUGUAGACUUGCUUUCUGGGAUGUUGUAUCUGCCGUGAUUGUGUAUCGCGGUGCUGAUUACGCUGGAGAAUUAAAGCAAAAAGAUGAAUGUUGGGGUUGCCCACAGUGAAGUCAAUCCCAACACAAGGGUCAUGAACAGUCGAGGAAUGUGGCUCACGUAUGCCCUUGGAGUUGGUUUGCUUCAUAUUGUCUUGCUCAGCAUUCCUUUCUUCAGUGUUCCAGUGGCUUGGACCUUAACCAACAUUAUUCACAAUUUGGGAAUGUAUGUAUUUUUGCAUGCGGUGAAAGGAACGCCUUUUGAAACACCUGACCAAGGUAAAGCAAGACUGCUGACGCACUGGGAACAGCUGGAUUAUGGUGUACAGUUUACAUCUUCACGAAAAUUCUUCACAAUCUCGCCAAUAAUUUUGUAUUUCUUGGCAAGCUUCUACACCAAAUAUGACCCAACACAUUUCAUUCUAAACACAGCUUCUCUCCUGAGUGUGCUUAUUCCCAAACUGCCACAGCUGCAUGGAGUCAGGAUCUUUGGAAUCAACAAAUAUUAAGCAGGAGAUGCACAAUGAGCAGUCUGACCAAAAUGUGACCUGGUUUGAUCCUUGUCCUUGACAGAAGGAACAGCUUGUUUUGCAACUUAUACUGUGUAUUACUAGAUAAGUUUCACAACUCUUUGGAGACUCUACUGCAAAGAUGUCAAUGCUGUUCUUUACAGGAGAAUCAGAGACUGUCAGAAGAUACAUUAAACUUGAUGACAUAUCUUUGGAGCACAGGUUUCUGUAAAGAGCUGGGCAGGCCUAGCUCCCUUAAGAUAGAAGCGUUGACUGGAAAUAGGCUGAAAUAACAAGCGAGCUGAAAAGGGAUUUGAGAAAUUUUAUUGACACAUAGUUGUAAUCUUUUACAAGUAAGUCAGCAACAGGAAUGAAUGAGUGGAGGGGAGAGAAUAUCACAAUUCUUCGUUUACCAGACUGAUAUGAUUGAAAUGCUGUCAAUUAGUUAUCAUUUGGGGGGUGUUUUUUGUUUGGGCUAAUUUUAGGGCAAGGUUUUCUAUCCAGCUUGAGGUGUUAUAUAAGGUUAAUACUAAUGAGUUGAUGUGAAUUUCAUACCUUAUCUAUUCAUGAGUCUUUUAAUCAGAAUGGCUUUUCCAGUUUGAGAUCUUUGAACUCUGGGGAAUGAUAUGUUAACUUUUCAGGGCGGUUAUAUACAAUUAAACUGAUUGGUAUCAUACUACUUGUUUUCCAGAAAUAGGUGGACACUCUAAUACAUCUCAUUCUACUGUAUCUGAAAAACUUCCCUCAUAAACAAAAUCCUAGCAUGAGAAACUAGCAGAAGCUACCUAAAUAAACUGACAAGAAUUUCAAACAUCAAGCAGAGCAUAAUAUGUUCUCAUCACCAAGUAGGAUUGAAGAAGAUUUGGAGGAAGUGCUUUGGGCUUUAUAGAAAUGCAGCACUUCACUCUUGAUUAUAACAGCCUGACUUUUCCAAAGCAAGACUGAAAAAAAAAAAGAUGCUUCUGCUUUACGGAAUCCACUCAUUAAAUUUAAUGUGACUUUUAAAGUGAUCCGUGGGGGAGCAGUGAAGAAAGAUGGGCAGCUUUCACAAAUAACACAGAGACGGUGUGCUUGCCUGAGGUCUGUUACACUUUUUCCAGAUCAUUUUCAAAGCAUGCGCAAUCCAAUCACCAUUUCUGCAUCAAAAGGAACUUGGUAGAAAUUCAAUACACAAUUGUGCUUUAUAUCCAGUAUUGUGAGUUUUGGAGCCUUUUGACGUAGGAAUUUUAAGAUCCUAGUUUCAGUAACUUAAUCUCACUAAUAUUUACAGCAAAAAAAUAUUGGGUUAUUGAAAGUGAAUGAACAAACCAGGAAUAGCUCUGCAUAGCUGCUUCUUUGCCCACAAAGAAAG